CCUCCUUUACCUGCACGGUUCUGCAGAAUUACCUGAAGCCGCUCCCACUGUUCCUUAGGAUUCCGGGCCAUGAUUGCGGUUGAAAGAUGUGAAGCUGACGUCGGAGAAGUGAAGGUGUGGAUGAGCCCGGCACUUUGAGGUUCGAUCAAAAGUUCAGCCACCGCCUGGAGACAGCUCAAAGAAGACUAAGCGUUUGGUCCCGCUCGCAGCUUUUCUUCAUUGCUGCAAUACUUCAUUCAUCAACACAGAUCUCGAGCUUUGGUCUGUUGAAUUGUUACUGUUCUAGAAAAUCCUGCGAUAUAUCUGUAAUUUAAUUUACGUUUGCCUUCUACCAUUACUCGCCCGGCACUCCAAAUCCUGCCAUUAACUCACGUCACGCGCUCAGCUUAGAGCCUUGCCUUCAGAAACGGAGCUCAUUGGAAAUCGAUAAACGCAGCAAAAUGGCUCCAGAGAGGACUGGGAAGAGUGUCUUCCUGGGAAAUAUUCCUUAUAACCUUACGGAGGAACAGGUCAAAGACAUCCUCAGCUCCGCUGGCACAGUUACCAAAUUCCGUCUUAUGAUGAAUCCGGAGACGGGAAAACCAAAGGGUUAUGGCUUCGCAGACUUCGCCGAUGCAGACGCCGCCGCCUCCGCGGUCCGAAACUUGAACGACUUCGAGAUCAUGGGCAGGAAGAUCCGCGUGGACUGGCCUCACAACAACGAGAAGGAUUCGGUGCCCCCUGACUACUCUCAGACAUCUCAGAUGCCCAGUCAGGAUGCUCAACACGGUCAGCAGCCAUCUGCGCCGCUCCCCCCUCUUCCCCCCGGUGUCGAGGUGCCGCCUCACUUGGAUUGUCCAAACGCUAUCUCUCAGACACUUUCGUCCUUACCCCCGAACCAGCUCCUUGACGUUCUUUCACAAAUGAAGUCUUUGGCAAUGACCGAUCCGGCCCGCGCGACGGAGCUCCUGCGACAGGCCCCGCAGCUGGCGUAUGCCAUUUUCCAGGCCCUGUUGCUCAUGAAUCUCGUCGACUACAGCACUUUGGGGGUAGUGGUAGAGCAAGCGACACAACCAACAGCGGCGGCUGCUCCUUCAGCUCCCCCUGCGGCACAGGCUUUUCAGCCCUUCUCAGCCGUACCUGGUCAGAUCUCCACGCCACCAAUUGUCAAUACACCUUUUGCCCCUCAACCCGCGGCACAAGCGGCACCCCAGCAACAAGUUCCCUCGCAAGAAGAACUUCUACAACAAGUGCUCAGUAUGCCACAGUCAGCUAUUGAUGCUUUGCCACCAAUGGAGCGGAAUCAAAUCAUGCUUUUGCGUCAGCAGUUGAUGCAAGGAGCCAUGAGGUAGAGCCGCCCACGGGUGUACUUUCUUAUUGCGGAUACUGUCGGUCAUUUAUUGCCAUUUUUCUCUCACUUUUUUUUUACCAUCUUGUCAACUGGGAAAGGGAUGGCGCACAUGGUUCAUUAUGGUCUACUGUGGUUCACUUGCAUAUCUUCAGAGCGAAUGUAUACCUAGCAGAGGUUACUUGUAGCAAGAUACCAAUCUCAACGUACUG